CGUCGCACUCGGACCGGGCUUUAUUCCUUUGGUAUUCUUCGGUAUGGUUCAGCCGACUACCCUAAAGAAAAAGCAUUCCCUGGUGGGGAAAAGUUUGCUGCCGCUGUUCGCACGGUUCAAUGGUAGCCCUGAUGAGCCCAGAGAGUUGGCUAGGAUGGACAAGGAUCAACCUUUGGAGAAUCUGGAUUCCGAUGGUAUCGCCACAGCCUUCAAGAAACUCACCGGAGAAAACAUCGGAGACGUCCUUGCCGCCCUCGGCAAACAAAGUGGAGCUGGAGUGGCUUUAUUGCACCAUGCAAUUGUGCUAGCGAACGAAAUCGGCCAGCCAGUAGGGCAGCCCCUUAGGGACCCGCCCAUCACUCCACCGGGUGUUUCGGAUGAUGUAAGUGAGCCACCGAGGAAGGUGCAGAGGAUAGCGUGCCAGGCGACCGUAGCUGAUCCAGUGCAGAAGGCAAAGGCGAAGGGUAUGGACAUUUUGGGUUACGAAAUCCAGGAUUGGGAAUUCCAGAUUCCGUUUGAUCCGCAGAGAGCAGUAGCAUCCAAGCAUCUGUCGCCGCAGUGGACAACUCUGGAUGGGCGUGAACCUCGGCUUUCCACCCACCAAUGCCCGGAUUUUGAAAGCGUUAUAAAUGACGGUGUAUGUUUUGAUUUGAACGAGCUGCCACUACGAAACCCUGAUCAUUUUGUAGCAGGUCAAGUUCAUCAAAAUUUAGAUCAAUGGCGGGAAGUCAUUGGCCAUGUUUCUGAUACUUGUCCUGUUUCUAGCCAAGUAUUAUCAUGGCUAACAGACGGUGUUAAUGUGGAUGAUUUUUUCAGGCCAUUUAAGGGCAACUUUAAAGGUGAAUCGUUUGACUCGGAUACCCCGCCUUCUCGAUACUACCCGAAUUCCAACAGUUGUCAGCAGUUUGGGGAGUUUAUAGCCUCGGAGCUUCAGCAGCGUGUUAAAACGGGGGCAAUGGAAUUAGUUGGUCGGGUGGGCGAGUGUCAAUUGCCAUCCAUCAUCAUGCCGCUUACUGUCGAGCCUACAAAACCACGGCUUUGCAUAGACAACCGAGGUAGCGUUUGUAAUUGA